UCAAAGACUCUGAAAUGUCUUUCUCUGCAGGAUUCUGAAUUUUCAACAAGAACCUGUUGUUUCUGGCCCAGAAACAGAAGAAUUCUGCGUUUGUGGAAAAAGCACCAAGAAAGUUUCCAGCAAUCUGAACAUCAGCUGGGAGUGUAAUAAAGAUGUUCCUCCUACCUGACUGGAAACUGUGACUUCACUGCUGUGACCAGCAGGUCCAGGAUGAUAACUAACAGGACAAAGUCAGUAAGCAGCAUCAGAAAUACUUCUCUUUAGGUCUCCUUUCAAAAAUUUGAAAAGGUUACCUUUAAUUUCCUCCCUUUAAAGGAAACAUAUUAGUAAAAAAUUAAUAUUUAACCAAAAUUACCUUUCUCAUCCUAAAUAAAUCAUCCUGUUUGCAGUCAAAUGGUCAUGUGACCCGGUAACGGUCAACCAGAUCCCUCAGCUGUGUGUGUGUGUGUGGCAGGGGGGUGGGUGGAGGUUCUUUAAGGUUGGAUUUUCACAAAGUGCACACUGUCCAGACUCACCUAGUCCAGCCCCUUGUCGCACCCCUCAGCUGCCCAUCUUUUUUCAUACUGCCUUUCUCGGGGUCUGACUCUUGUUGGAAGUUGCCGUUCGAGGACUUUUGGAGACGCUCAUUCUUCACCAACCACCAUGGUUUCCAGCAGUGUCUGCAGAGCUGUCCUGCUGGCGCUCUUCAGCCUCCUGAUUGCCUUUGUGCACACAGAGACAGUGUUGGACACCUCCUUAACAAGCAGGGACCACCAGGACACCAUGUCUGGAGAUCCACCUGCUGAAGGGACCACCAAAGCCCCGUUUCAGGACGUCACAGACCAGUCCUUCACCUUCGACUACGAGGACUCCACGCUACCCCAGAUCCUGGAUGAGGAUGGAGGUGUUCUGGGGCCCGGAGCCAUCACAGCCAUAGUCAUAGCCGUCUUCCUGGGAGCGUCGGUCCUCCUCGCUCUUAUCGUAAUCACAGUCAGGAAGUUUACAGCCUCCUAGAGCGAAGACGCCUCACUUUGUGUGUGAAAGAGUGUAUGUUUGUGCAGAGUUUGUGUCUGUGUGUGUCUGAUAUCAAUCUCCAUUUCGAGUUCACACCCUCGUCUUUCCUUUAGAGAUCAAAUGCUCUAGGUGCUGAAAAGUGCGGCGGGUCCCUUUUAGAUGACUAAAAAGACCAAAUUCAUUUACAACAGUGGUAGAAACUGGCUGGCUCUUCCAGUACAAUCAGAGCAUGUCCCUUUUGUUUUAAUCUCCUUAGGAUCUUGCAUUCAUGCUCAAAAUCAUGUUUAUAUGCUGUGAGUCCCUUUUGUUGUUGUAAUCUUUGCAAAAAAUGUGACUUCUUCUAUUUUCUUUUAACUAGCUCAGUGAAUUUUAAUAGGCGCCACAAACAACCUGCCUGGUGUCACUUUUGAACAAGUUUAGAUGUUUGUUGUUGCAUCAUUUAAAUAUUUGUGGAGUCCAAAUAAAAAAGAAGAUAACUUUAAAAAAGA